AUGACCCCCCUCCCCACCCAAACCCACGGCCCACCCACCGGCCACCCGAUCCUAAUAAUCCCAGGAUGGGAAAUGACGCCCGAAACAGAAAUGUACGAUUUCGAGCCCAUCUUCACCACCCUCCCCAACUCCAACUUGCGCCGAAUCUACAUCGCCCUACCAGGAACGGCCUCCACCCCAGCAAGAAACAUCACCUCCCUCGACGACAUCUACCACCACCUCGUGCACUUCAUCGACACAACUCUAGGAGAUGCUCGCUUCAUGUUGAUCGGAUCCUCCUGCGGGGCGUAUCUUGCGCGUGCAAUCGCUCAGAAGUACGUGACUCGGAUAGAUGGGUUACUUCUCAGAGUGCCGUUGGUUCAGCCGGAGGAUGCGAAGCGGGAUGUUGAUAGGAUUGAACCACUUAUCAAGAAUGAAAAACUCAUGAAUGGGCUUGGUGAGGAGGAUAAGACGCUUCUCGGAGUUGAGAACGGGGGGAAAGUGCUGGUGCAGACGGAGGGGUAUGUGGGGGAGUUAGUGAGGAAGUAUCGGGAGGUGUAUGUUCCUGCGGAGGAGGGGGCUGAUAAGGGGGUUUUGGAUCGGAUAAGGGGGGAUGUGGGGAGGUAUCGGUUGAGUGAGGGGGUGCUUGGGAAUGGGAAUGGUGGGGAGAAGUUGAUGGCGCCGACGCUGGUGGUUUGUGGGAGGCAGGAUGAGAGCGUGGGGUAUAGAGAUUGUUUGGGUCUGUUGGAGAGGUAUCCUAGGGCGACGUUUGCGGUGCUGGAUCGUGGGACGCAUGGGUUGCCGGUGGAUGCGAGUGAGAGGGGGGUGUUUGGGGUGUUGGUUAGGGAUUGGGUUUUUAGGGUGGGGGAGUGGAGGGAUAGUCAUCAUUGA